AUGUUUAUUGUAGCAAUGCCACAUCGAGCUAAUUUAGUUGCUGUAAUAAACCCUGACAAAGGUAUGUUGUUUGAUAUCCGUACAAAGAAAUUUUUAAAAUCAGUUCCAAAGUGGGGAGGAUUUUGUACAAAAGAUGGAAAAUAUGGAUUAUAUGCACCCACCAGAGGGGGUCUAGAGCUUUUGGAACUAAAAAAGGGAAGCUCUGUUAAGACGUUUAUACCGCGAGUUGCUGAGGGUGUAUUUACAGUAAUUUGUAUGUUUAACAAGACCGAUGAAUACGUAUUGUAUUAUCAUAGCGGAAAGAAAACAUUGAGAGUUUUUCGACUUACUGACGCAAAAAUGUUGGCUAACUAUCGUGUACCAGCAGAACUAAGUGCUAUAGAAACAACAGAAGAUGGAAGGGCGGUUGUUAUUGCUACAGUAGAUGGAUGUCUAACGGUCUUAGCUAUAGCCGAUCCAAAUAAAAAUUCAUUUCUCUCGGCGUUGCCAUCCAGAGAUGAAACUUGGAAAAAGAAAAUGGAUAAACAACGAACAGCAAAAUUAUUUAAAGCUGCUGCUGCAAUUACUAAGUUUUGUGUAUCUGUAAGUGAACCAAAUUUAAAAGAAGAAGUUGGGAGUAGUAUAAAUAAUUCACAACUACAUACAUCAAAAAUAUUGUCAAAAGGAUAA